UCAUGAAGAGAAUGUUCAACAAGGAAAUUUCAUUUCACCAAGGCUUGCCUAACUUUACCGAAGAUUUAAGAGAAAUUGAUUCAAGCUUCAAUAACCUUAUCAUCCUUGAUGAUUUAAUGGCUGAAGCUAUUGAUAGCCCCAUCGUCUCGCGAUUGUUUACACAAGGUCGUCAUAGAAACGCCAGCGUUAUUCUUCUUUUGCAAAACAUGUUCCCUAAAGGAAAGUACAACACUGAUAUAAGUCGCAAUGCUCAAUAUAUCGCUCUCUUUCGAAGUCCUAGUGAUAGAAAACAAAUUGGGAUUGUUGCAGAGAGAAUGUUUGAUAAACAAAGAAAUCGAUUCAUGGAARCCUUUUACAGGGAAACGCAAAAACCUUUCGGCUAUUUGCUCGUGGAUAAUAAGCCAGAUACACCUGUAGACAAACAGGUUAUUGGAGACAUUUUCAGUCAAUGUCAUGUUUAUUCUUCUAUCAACAAGGCUAAUGAAGAGAGUGAAAGAGCAAAAUCAUCAGCUGAUGUUAGUCAGUCACGGGCACCUUCAGUUUUCUGGUCCGAUGCUGUUAUAAAUGUAUGGCAAAAUUACACGAAUGAUGUCAAAUAUGUCAAGUCGAUACCUCAAGGUUAUACCAUAGUGGAGAUGUAUAAAACCUCCCGCAAUCCACAUCACCCAAAUCAGCCGGGCGUUAGCUUAGGGGGUGAACUUUACUGGCCCGUUAAAAUAARAAACCUGUGUAAUGGGAGUUUUAAAUGGGUAAACCUCCAUGAAGAUGAUCCAAUUGUUAAAACAAUCGUCCAAGAGGCACUUGCAGGCGAGAUGAAUUCUUAAACAUAUGAUUUCAUAAAAUCGUAGUGGAUGAAAGAAUUAAAAAUCGGUUUAAUCUAUACUUUGCAACUAAAGUCUAGUUGGUCUAGAAAUAGCAGUUUCUACGUUCUUUCUACAUGUGAAACGAUGCCACAUAAGAAAACUUAUCAAAUGUAAAAUAGAAACGUACAUUUAGAUCAAUUCAUUGUUUUUUAUUCCUUUUUUCAAAGGGAGGUACAAUAUACUAUAAGCUACAGUAGAUGGUGUAACAUAGUGCAUCACAAGUCACAAGAUUCUCUGUUAAAUUGGUUUCAAACUAUGAUAUAUUGAUAAUACUCGCAAAUACGAUGAUGUAUCAAUGGAAAUAAAAAUAGGUCAACAAUG